AUGUAUGACACAACUUUUGGAACAAUUGAAAUAGAUGAUAAAGAUAUUAAAACACUUCCACUCCAUAAAUUAAGAGAAAGUAUUGGAAUGGUCGGACAGGAGCCCGUGUUGUUUAGUGAAUCGAUAUUGGACAACAUUAAACGAGGAAGUUCUGACGAAGUCUCUAUGGAAAAGGUCAUUGAAAUAAGCAAAAUGGCUAAUGCACACGACUUUAUUAGCGCACUUCCUGAAGGAUAUAAUACACUUGUUGGUGAUAGAGGAAGUCAGAUGUCUGGUGGACAGAAACAGCGAAUAGCAAUUGCAAGAGCUCUAAUUCGAAAUCCAAAGAUUUUGUUGUUGGAUGAGGCUACAAGUGCACUCGACAGUGUAUCGGAAAAAGUUGUGCAAAGUGCAUUAGAAAAUGCAAGUAAAGGAAGAACAACAGUUGUAAUUGCACAUAGACUUUCAACAAUUCAAAAUGCAGAUGAAAUAUGUGUUGUUAUUCGUGGUAAAAUAGCCGAGAGAGGAACACACGAAGAACUUAUGAGAAUGAAAGGAUUUUAUCAUGUUUUAGCCACUCAGCAAUGCGAAAAUAGUAAUUGA